AUGAGUUCCAUUGGGUUCUUUGUGCGAUCCAAAUCCAGCACUGCGUCAAUAUAUUCUCCGUUGUUCGACUCUCGGAGCCACCGGAAGGGGUCAACAUCCAUACCCAUUUCGCCGCUGUGUGUGAAGAUGAUGUCGGCGGAGGCCAGAACGAGCUUAGGGUUCAAGAAUUUUAUGGAAACUUUCACUGUGAAUGUGCAGAGAGCUGAGAAUAGGGCACUGAAUGUUCCAUUGAUUGAACCAUUUACUAUUGCAUCUUCGAGGCUUGAAAUGGUGGAGAAUGUAGCGAUAAGGAUCGAAUUGAGUAAUGGGUGUGUUGGAUGGGGCGAGGCGCCGAUUUUGCCUUUUGUCACUGCGGAAGAUCAGCCUACCGCCAUGGCGAAGGCCGAGGAGGCCUGCGAGUUACUGCGACAGAGACCGCCGAGUACUUUGGGCUCAGCGAUGUUGCAGAUCAGCGAGGCUCUUCCUGGACAUGAAUUUGCUUCUGUUAGAGCAGGAGUAGAGAUGGCGUUGAUUGAUGCAGUUGCUAACAGCAUUAACAUACCUCUAUGGAGGCUAUUUGGUGGAGUUUCAGACAGUAUAACCACUGAUAUAACAAUUCCUAUUACUUCUGCCUCUAAUGCUGCCAAAUUGGCUGCAAAAUACUGCGAUCAAGGGUUCAAGACGCUGAAGCUGAAGGUCGGAAAGGACCUAAAAGCUGAUAUUGAAGUUCUUCAGAGCAUCAGAUUGGUCCAUCCUGAGUGCGAAUUUAUCCUGGAUGCUAAUGAGGGAUAUGACACAGAGGAAGCUAUUCAAGUUCUUGAAAAGUUACAUGAAUUGGGGGUGACUCCUACUCUAUUUGAACAACCAGUUCAUAGAGACAACUGGGAGGGUCUUGGACAUGUUAGUCAUAUCGCUCGAGAUAAAUAUGGGGUAUCUGUUGCAGCUGAUGAGAGCUGCCGGAGUGUAAAUGAUGUUAAGAGAAUAGUGGAAGGGGAUUUGGCAGAUGUUAUAAAUAUUAAGCUUGCUAAAGUUGGAGUUUUGGGGGCCAUUGAGAUAAUUGAAGUAGCAAGGGCUUCAGGACUCACCUUAAUGAUUGGUGGUAUGGUAGAAACUAGACUUGCCAUGGGCUUUUCUGGUCAUCUUGCUGCUGGCCUUGGGUGUUUCAAAUACAUUGACUUAGAUACACCACUUUUGUUGUCAGAAGAUCCAGUUCAUGGGGGUUAUGAAGUUUCCGGUGCUGUGUACAAGUUCACAAAUUCCAGAGGCCAUGGUGGUUUCCUUCGCUGGGAUAACAUUGCAUUGUAAGUUAUAAAGUCUCCAUUGAAGAUGCAGAUAUGAGCUUUAUCUGCUAUUUUAUUUUCCCUCAGCCUUGUUUGAUUAUAUGUGUAAUGUUUGUAUAUAAUCAUUACUUUCAUUUCCAUCUUGACAAUACAAUACCUUUACUUUUGCUCCAUGCUUUCCCCUGAACCCAAGUCUUUCCCAAUCCUUAUAUUUCCAUUUUUCUUUUUGGGUAAUUGAGAAUUUUUAAGUUUGUAUUAAAUAAACAUGGGCGAAUCCUUUAAGACUUUACUCGAAUAUUCAUCAGUCCU